UCCCUAUCCGGAAGUCUCUUUGUUGUGCAGGAACCCGGAAGUGAGGAGAAAUAAGAGAGAUGGGUUGCGACGGGGGAACGAUCCCGAAGAGGCACGAGCUGGUGAAAGGGCCCCGUAAGGUCGAAAAGGUUGAUAAAAAUGCAGAAUUAGUGGCACAGUGGUAUUACUGUACUUUGAGCCAAGAAAAAUUAAGCAGGCCUAUAGUAGCUUGUGAACUUGGCAGGCUAUAUAAUAAAGAUGCAAUCAUUGAAUUCCUUCUGGAUAAAUCUUCUGAUAAAGUGCUUAUGGAGGCUGCAUCCCAUAUCAAGAGUAUUAAGAAUGUCAUAGAACUGAAACUCACUGACAAUCCAGCUUGGACUGGUGACAAAGGCAAUACAAAAGGGGAUAAAUACGAUGAUAUCCAGAGUGCAUGUUUCAUUUGUCCAGUAGUUGGAUUGGAAAUGAAUGGAAGGCAUCGGUUUUGUUUUCUGCGCAACUGUGGAUGUGUAUUCUCUGAACGUGCUCUCAAAGAAAUUAAAACAGAAGCUUGUCACAAGUGUGGGAUCCCAUUUCAAGAGGAGGAUGUGAUUGUACUUAAUGGUACCAAAGAGGAUGUUGAAGUGCUGAAGAAACGAAUGGAAGAAAGAAGACUAAAGAGUAAGCUGGGAAAGAAAUCCAAGAAAUCUAAGGCAGCCGAGACCACCGUGAAGCCUGAACCCAUUGAAGAUUCAUCCAAACCUUCUGAAGCAAAUACUGAAAAGAAUGCCACAGUUACUAAAUCUGGAGAAAAGAGAAGCAUUGCAUUCUGCAAGAGUACAGCAGUCAAUGAGAGUGCUUCAUCUUCAUCUGGAAAAGAAAGCAAAAAUGUGAAGCGGCCCAUUGCAAAUGCUGAGAAGUCUGAAGCAUAUAAGUCUAUUUUUACUUCCCACAGCUCAGCCAAACGCUCUAAGGACGAGUCUUCCAAUUGGAUUACGCAUACAGCUUACUAUUUCUAAAAUGUCAAUGUGUGUGAUUUCUAGCUCUUUCCCACUCAUCUGCUUUCCCUCUUACAAAGGAAGCCUUUGUUAUCUAGUAGUGUGCAAUUUCUCAAAUGAUAUAAUGCUCCAGUCAAUAUCACUUUGUAUUAUAUCUAAUAAAAAUAGAGCUGAAGUUAUCUUUGUUUUGUUUUAAAGGAAAUGAUUUGAAGAACUCAUUAGGAUUAUUAUCUAUUGCCCUUUGCGCAGUUUGAAUUAAUUGGGAUGGUACAAGCAGUGGGUGAUUUGAUUACAGCAUCCAAGUUAUAUGGGCACAUCUGUUGCUUGGCAGGCAUCCUGUCUACCAGCUCUGAUUAAGUGGAAAUGUCAAGCUGAGAAUCUAUAAUAAUACAACAGGAAGCCAGCAUUUCAUUCUUUUCUAGCUUUGUAUGAAUGGGUUAAGAUGCAACAUGGAUGACACCACCAUCCCUUUCCCUGUGUCUUGUCUAUAGUGAGUCCUAGUUAUACAGCAUGGAGUUUUAAUGUUCAAUGUGGCUGUGGGAUGAUGGAUCACACACAACAGCUUUAUAGGUUCUAUCCUGGCUUGUCCUCCUCUAGCUGUAUAGCUCUCUCCGGUCAUGCUGAAUAUUUAAUCUUAAGUGUUCAUCCUUCAAAUUAAUCAAAGAAGCAAAACAGGGUCUUUUCUCAUUUUCGAACUCCUUGUACUUGCAAAUAAAGACACCAUUAUUUGUUUGUGAAA